AUUGUGUCAAUAUUGCUUCUCGCGUUGAAAUGAGCAGGGCGGUAUGUGUUAUCUGGCUAGCAGUAACUGGGGUUGUGCUAGGAGACCCAUGCACAACAAUGGAAGAAAUAAAUGAUUUGCAUCGAAGUGUAGACUAUCAAGUAAAAGAUCGUCAGUACGACCUUUUGAUAUGUGACCGGCGUAUUAAGCAAACAUGGUAUAAGUUUAGCCAAGGUAGGACAAUGGCAAACCACUGUGUACAAACAUAUCAUUGCGGAACCCAUAUCCCAUUAUGGCUUAAAGGGACACCUCCUAGUCAGUCGGAUGGUAUUGUUACCAGAGAGGUUUGCGGUGCCAGUGCAGAUGAUAGCGACUGUUGUCAGUACAAAGAUACAAUUCGGGUGAAGAAUUGUGGAUCGUUCUUUGUGUAUGAACUUAAGUCGACACGGGGUUGUUCUAGGGCAUAUUGUGCAGGUACUGGGAACACAUGCCCUAUCGGACAGUGGUCACCAACAGGAUUUCAGCCGGGUUGUAGAGAUAUGUAUCCAAAGAUGACACAGUCACCAACGCUUUCAAAUCCAAUCGUUAAACCGGAUACGUUCGAAUUCAACUGCCAUAUCAAUUUUGAUCCGUCGAAUUCUCAAGUCGGCUUCAAAGUCAGUUGGUUAUUUGACAACAAAACUGAUCCUAAAGUACCUGUUACUGAAAUAAAUGGAAUAACUCGUGAUGUUCAACUCGACCAAAAGUACUUACAUAAUAAUCUAGGAAAAACUCUUAGCUGUAUUGCGGAACCAUUCUUUCUAACAACACCAUUGAAUAAAGGGCCUUAUUUGACUAGCAAUGGGUAUUGGUGUGGAAUAAAGUUCUCGAACACGAGCCUGACGGUAAGAGAAAACGAGCAAUCGAAAAAAGUUCAAGUUAUAUCGACCAUCCCAAUAGUUUGCUCCAAAAAGUCACAGCCGUCUUGCAAAGUUGAAAUUUAUUUGAAAAACAACAAAGGUGAUGCUGUAUUUACCGAAUGCACCCAGAUCCUCAGACCGUCUGACUGGAACAAUAGGACCAACCUAGCAGUUACAGAAUUUGAAGUCCUUGCUGAGAGAGAUUCAAAAAAUGAUGGUGACAAAAAUCUAGCUGUACAUUUUGCAAUGAUCGAUACGGGGGACGGGCCAGAAACUUUCAAUAACUACACACUGCCUAAUCUCUUGAUACACACCAUUGACAAGGAAACAGCAAUGUGCCAAUGUACCAAUGAUCCAUGGUGUCGGACAUUUGAUUCCCAGUUCCAGACUUUAGGACUGAACGGGACUUUACGCGAUUACUUCAUGCUACAACAAGCUGGAGAGUUUACCAUGUAUAAAAGUAAUGCUCCAAAUCGUUUGUUCAAAACAGAAAUUCGAACAAGGACAUGUGGUCGGAAUAAAAGUUUUGGAUAUGGAUCAUGUAUAUGUGCAGUGGCAGCUCAGGAAGGAAACGAUGUUAUUGUAAUUGACAUGUGUCACAGCCAUUUCGGACAUUCGUAUCCACAAGUGACAAUCCCGAAUAAAAACCAGGGAAUGGUAGUGAACAGAAACACGGCCGGCACGGAGUAUCUGGUUGAUUUUCCAUCCGGAGCUCAAGUUCAUGCUAAAGUUUAUCACGGGACAUCUUUAACGGUUUCAGUUACAGCACCAGAGGAUGAUUACGCAGCCACUGCAGGGCUCUGUGGAACGUUUGACAAAAACUUUGAUAAUGAUUUCCAACAUAAAAAUGGCCAAGUUGAUACUUUUUCAUACUAUCCGGAUAAUUUCAUUGAGUCUUGGAGAAUUCCAAUAGGAUCGUCCAUUUUUGACAAUAAAUACAACAUUCAUACAGAUCCAAGGUAUGACAACAGCAUUUAUUACUGUAACUGUAAAAACAACAAACAUCAAGUGGACUGCCGAAUAAGUAAGGGAUCAUUGCCUGCUGUUCAGGCCCGCUGUCCAUCAUGUACCGUGACAACUACACAAAAUCAUAAACAAAGCGGAAAAAAGAAGCGAGCAGCAAUUCAAACUGAUAACGCACCUGUAAACUAUUUCUUCGACUAUGGUCUUGGUCGUCAAGUAAAGAGAAACUACUUUCCAACAUCAAGCGGUAUUACACGAGCGGAUGCAGAGAAGUCGUGUAAAAUGGCAUUUAAUCAAAGCUCAACAAUUAACCAGUGCCAGGCACAUGGUAUUGCGUCGGAUCCCCAUAUCAAAAUGUGUAUAGAAGACCUUAAGUAUUCUGACGAUAAAUCGUUCAUUCGGAUGGCUUUGGAUGCUGCUGUAACAUCUUGUAGUUCACAAAUACUCAAGAACGUAACAUUGUAUGAUAGCCAUGGGAAACCACCAGCAUUCAUCACCACUGAACUAUGUCCGGGUGACUGUUCUGGACACGGGACUUGCAAGAGUGGAACAUGUCUUUGUGACUUUGGCUACUAUGGGGACAGUUGUGAAAUUGAUGCUCGUGAUCCAUCACAUCUGUACUAUUAUGCGAGCGCUGUAGCCGAGGACUCGGUAUUAUGUGACGUUACUAUGAGACCAUGUGAGGUCGCUUAUAUGGCAGGGGAUAAUUUCUUCAACAAUUCACGCUUAUCGUGUAAAGUUAUGGAAUUGAAGUUCAACGGCACGGCAUUUGUUGUAACAGGGAAUCAAUAUACCACUGGUGUGAUUUACAAUAACAUGUAUAAUAUCGGUUGUAAACUGCCACUGAAAUCUUCAGUAGGAGGACACACAGUGAUAGGCUACAACGUUUCUAUUUCUAAUGAUGGAAGGUUUUACAGCAAUGAGGUCAAGGUCAUCAAAAUCGACUCGUCCUGUAUGACAUGUGAUGAUCUUGGUGUUUCCUGUAAAAUUAUGGACCAUGCUUGUAUGAUUGACGGAAAUUGUCGCCGCGCGGGAGAAUUUAAGACGGGAAGUAUGAACCAGAUUUGUGUCCCGUCAAAGAAUAAAGAGUCUUGGACAAUUGCCACUGACACUUCGCCGAUUGUACAAAAGCCAGACUCACUACCCACCGCACCACUUGGAGGUAUAGACCUGGAACGGUUCGACAUUUGGACAAUAUCGAAAACCGGAUGUAAAUGUGGGCAUGACCAAACACAAAGUAAUUGUGCGUGUUGCGACGAGGGCGGAUGUCCAUGUCCAGCUCCAAAUCAACAUCAGUGCGCUGUUUGUGGAAACAUGACUACGUGCGGAACUCCUCAACCUUCCCCGGAAAUGGGAUUAGAUGGUUACACCCUUGCUCUAGCAGACUGCACGUGCAUGUAUGACACCACCCUGUACAACUGCGCAUGUUGUCAAAACCAUGAAAGUUGUCAGUGUGGCGCUGAGCACAAAAACCAGUGUGUUGACUGCAAACACAUGGAUCAGUGUGGAAAAAAGCCAUGGCUCUUUGGACCACCGAUACCACUUCAAGAUUAGGAAUAAAAACAGAGAAAAAUGUAUUGUUUUCAAACCCAGCUUCCGCUGAAAAUAAAAUUUUGAAAUAA